AUGCGGGGUCUUCUACUGGCUGGAGCCCUUGGCCUACCUUUGGCCGCCAUCGCGCAUCCUACUCAUCAUGCACAAGGACUUCAACGUCGCACAGUUGACCUGAAUUCAUUCCGUCUGCACCAAGUAGCAAAGUAUAUCAACUCGAUCGAUUCCUCCAAUGAUGUGUCAUCCUCUUUCUCUCCAUUCGCCGAGCAGAGCUACGUGGAGACGGCGACCCAGCUCGUGAAGAAUAUCCUGCCGGACGCCACCUUCCGUGUUGUCAAGGACCAUUAUAUUGGGAGCAAUGGGGUCGCUCACGUUAACUUUCGUCAAACGGCCCAUGGCCUUGACAUUGACAAUGCGGACUUCAAUGUCAAUGUUGGGAAAAAUGGGAAGAUCUUUUCCUAUGGCCACUCCUUCUAUACAGGCAAGAUUCCCGAGGCCAACCCUUUGACGAAGCGGGAUUACACCGAUCCUGUAGCAGCGCUCAGGGGAACCUCCGAAGCUCUGCAGCUUUCGAUCACUCUGGAUCAAGUCUCCACGGAGGCUACGGAAGACAAAGAGUCGUUUAAUUUCAAGGGAGUCUCCGGCACCGUGUCAGAGCCCAAGGCUCAGCUAGUCUAUCUGCUCAAGGAAGAUGGCAGCCUUGCUUUGACCUGGAGGGUCGAGACCGAUAUUGACAGCAAUUGGCUGUUGACCUACAUUGAUGCCAAUACCGGCAAAGAUGUCCAUGGUGUGGUUGACUACGUCGCCGAAGCGGACUACCAAGUAUAUGCAUGGGGCCUGAACGAUCCAACAGAGGGUGCUCGUACCGUCAUCAGCGACCCAUGGGAUUCGUCCGCAUCUGCAUUCACCUGGAUCAGUGACGGAGACAAGAACUAUACGACUACGCGCGGGAAUAAUGGUAUUGCGCAGUCGAACCCGACUGGUGGCUCUCAGUACCUGAACAACUAUCGGCCCGAUAGCCCCGAUCUGAAAUUCCAGUACCCAUUUUCGCUCAAUGCGACACCCCCGGAGUCCUAUAUCGAUGCGUCUAUCACGCAGCUGUUCUACACUGCCAACACGUACCACGACCUUCUCUACACCCUGGGCUUCAACGAGGAGGCUGGUAACUUCCAGUACGACAACAACGGUAAAGGCGGCGCUGGAAACGACUACGUGAUCCUGAAUGCUCAGGACGGCUCUGGCACGAAUAACGCCAACUUCGCGACGCCCCCGGAUGGACAGCCCGGCCGCAUGCGCAUGUACAUCUGGACGGAGUCCCAGCCUUAUCGGGACGGCUCCUUUGAGGCAGGUAUCGUGAUUCACGAGUAUACUCACGGUCGUAUUCUCGAACCGGCUUACUGGCGGACCCGCUACGCCCGCUGCUUGAAUGCUCUUGAAUCCGGUGGAAUGGGCGAGGGCUGGGGAGACUUCAUGGCCACGGCCAUUCGGCUGAAGUCCGGCGAUACUCACUCGACCGAUUAUACCAUGGGCGAAUGGGCUGCAAACAAGAAAGGCGGCAUCCGUGCUUACCCGUUCUCCACCUCCCUGGAGACCAAUCCUCUGACCUACGUGAGUCUCAAUGAGUUGGACGAAGUGCAUGCGAUCGGCACCGUGUGGGCUACCGUGUUGUACGAGCUGCUGUGGAACUUGAUUGAUAAACACGGCAAGAACGACGGACCCAAGCCGGAGUUCAAGGACGGAGUGCCGACUGACGGCAAGUAUCUCGCCAUGAAGCUCGUGGUUGAUGGCAUGGCAUUGCAACCUUGCAACCCCAACUGUGUCCAGGCGCGCGAUGCCAUCCUCGAUGCCGAUAAGGCUCUUACCGAUGGUGCUAACAAGUGCGAGAUUUGGAAAGCGUUUGCGAAGCGUGGCUUGGGUGAAGGCGCUGAAUAUCAUGCAUCGCGUCGGGUGGGCAGCGAUAAGGUGCCUUCUGAUGCCUGCUAG